CUCACGGAUAACCUUAAAAGUAUGGGAACGUGAUCGCGAUAGAACGACCGCGACCGUGACCGCGUGAUAAUUUGUGUUUCGACUUCUCUUCCGAUUGACAAAUGAAACGUAUUUCAACAUACCGAGCGUGUGUACAAGUGUUUGUUUCUCGAAAGCGCGAAGAAGAAGUAUGCGAAUAUUUACUUCUAAACUGAAUUUGCAAUUUUCGAUUCAAAAAUGCUCACGGAUACUCGUGCCCUCGCAUCGCAGAUUUUCCCCAAGUUCUCGAAAUUCCCGAACCGCAUCUCUCGUUGUUACAGAAACACGUGGACCUUACAGUAAUCUCAACGACAUAGCAUCAGAUCAAAUGCCGCAUGUUUUUUAAUGACACCGAUGGCACAUGCGACGAUGGUGAUAGAAUCGACUUUGAUAGCUGUAAAUACGAGAAGAGCGGAAAUAUACGAAUAUGCCAGGAUUACUUGAAUAAAGAAACUUUUAUUUUUCAAUAAUUUCAUGUAACAGAUAAAAAAUAUUAUCUAUAGAGGUAGUACAUAAUUCCAUUGUACAUGGGUGGAAAGUUGUAUCGUCGACAUCUAAAGAUGGAUUGUAACGAAAAGAAUUUGAUAAAUGUUGGUUUGCAAUGCAUGUUUAUAUACUUUGACUCUAGUGUUUGUGUUGUGUCUCUGUCAUACAAGAUACUGGCAACUAAUGCCUUGUAUAUUUCAUCAUAAUAAGAAUUUAGUGCCUCUUUUGGGAAGAUAUCUCGAACAAGUUUCUUCUGCAAAGGAGAAAAUACAUCUCGUUCAAGCCACAGCAAAUCAUGACUGAGAUUGGUAUAGAUAGUUUACGAAAUCUCAUCACGCACUUUGUAAAGAACACAUACAGGACCAAGGAUGCAGAUGUCACGAAUCAGGAAAUCAUGCAGAGAUGCAUGCUACUCGCGGCCUUUGAUUACAACUAUUCUACAAUAGAUAAUAACAAAGGUGCUCUUUGCCCGCAUUAUCCUAGCUACCUUAUAAUAUUAGAACAUGAUAAAUUUCGAAAUUCAAAGAGCUGUGACACACCAGUGGCAUCAUCAUGCAUAAUGGAAAAUACAUACGAGAGCAUACAUUUUAAGAAUAAGCUUAUCAAACUGAUGAAGCACUCAAAAUUUGCCAGAUGUCAUUUAAGAUUUCCAGUGCCAGUAAUACUUUAUAAGGAUAGGCAUGUAUGCAGAUCCGCAACAUUAGCCAGUGGUGCAGAAAUGUUUGGUAGAGCUGGAUUAGAAUACUUGUUGUCCAGUGUAGCUAGCAGCAGUGCCAGUUCAAUGCAGCCAGUUACACAAGUAGAGGAAAGUCUACCCGAGGAAGAAGCAAAGCUCACUGAUUUCAAGAAUAAAGUUAGAUGUUGCGAUAUAGAACUUCUCAAGACUCUUAAUGUAGGAACCAUUGUAGACUUCAUGGUGGAGAAGAAAAAAGUUAAAUAUGGGAUGACCGUAACUUCGUCGGAGAAGGUAGACCAAGAGAGGCGAUACAGCAACUUUAACCUCAUUUCACUGCCAUAUCCUGGAUGUGAAUUCUUCAAGGAAUUUCGAGAUCAAGAUUAUCGAUCGAAGGAUUUGGUGUUUAACUGGUGCCAGAAUUACAUAGACGCGCCAAUAUGUGUACCUGAGGACUCAAUUUCCAGUCAAUUACGAGUCAACUGGGAUCAGUAUACUGAAUGGAAUCUAGUCAAAUUAACGCAAAACUAUUUAAAAUUAAUAUUGAGAUAUCUGAAUGAUAGUAAUAACGGAUUAUUAAUUCACUGCAUCUCUGGUUGGGAUCGUACACCACUAUUUAUUUCAUUGCUGAGAAUUAGUUUGUGGGCCGAUGGGGUAAUUCAUACAACAUUGGAUUCGUAUCAGCUACUGUAUUAUACCAUCGCCUAUGAUUGGAUGCUCUUUGGGCAUGACUUAGCGGAUCGACUCAAUAAAGGAGAGGAAAUAUUUUUCUUCUGUUUUGAUUUCUUAAAGUAUAUUGAAAACGAUCACUUUAGCAUACACAAACAUUAUGAGAGAACAUCGACUAAGCAUAGCGAAUCGGAAACUUUUCUGAUCGAUAGCGAUUCUUUUGAAAUCAUUACAAAAUCCAGCUUCAGUCCAAAGAACAGUUCAUCCAGUUCUAUUGAACAAAAUAGUGUAGAUGGUGACUCAUCGCCAGCUAUGUUUUUUAUUGAUUCCUUGGAUAAUCAAGAUGACCUGCGAAAUAAUGUGAAUUUUGCACAUGGAACACUUGGUACAUCUCCAAACAAAGAAAGUAGUGCCGCACAAGAAUCGCGUUCAUCAUUGCCUACGAAUCGUACAUCUCCGAUUGGCGUUCCUAUACCACGCAAUUCGCAUGUUCGACAACGAAACGAUUCGACAUCUUCAGGCGAUUCGUGGCAAUUGGUAACAGGGACUGGUAGUCUGUGUGGAUCCACGACUGCUAAUGCUCCACACUUGGAUACCGUAUUAGCACCCGAUUCAGAUUGCAAACCAUUAUGUGCUACUUGUCAUAGAACUCUGCGUACAUCACAAGAACGCGGUGCAAAUAUAAAUGACGAUGAAACUUGUGUAUCGCAGUAUACACAGCGUAAAGAACGAUUGCAUUGUCUUCGAAACAUAUUUUAUAAGGCUUAUGGACCUCAUGGAUUUCGUUUGAAAGACGAAUCAGGUGGCAUCAGCCAAUACAUCGGAAACAUUGUUGGGAUGACUUCUAUUCAACGCACAUCCUAGUGACAAAUGUUUUUAAGUGAAUUUUCCAAAAGCAUGAAUUUGUAGUCCAUUUUUAUUAUUCUAAGAGUAUUUUUUCCACAUUUCAGUUAGUCUUUAUUUUCUCUAUAAUACAUUCAAGAAUAUCAUGACAUGUCUUGUUUUUUUUACUCUAAUUCUUGAAUGUAAUAAUAGGGCCAAAAAACUUUUAACUCUUUUGGUCGUGAUGAGCGCAAUGAAGAAACUAUGAAGACUGGAACCAGGAGACCGAUCUCCGUGGUUUUGAGUGAGGCAAAAAUCUGUUAGAAAUGUAGUACCAAAUGGUAGCGCUGACGAUACUGAUACACCGGAAUAUUGGUAUAAGAAAACUGAGAUAAGUACUCUAAAAUGUAAAAUUGCCAAGAUUUUUAUUAUAAAUUUGCAUUUAUUGUCAAAUAUUUGAGUUCUUACAAUUAUUCGUCGUUAUACUUAAUAUUUUUCCAGUAAAUCAUUGUCACCAGCGCCACCAUUUGGUACUACAUUUCUAACAGAUUUUCGCCUCACUUUUGGAGGCGAAAUCAGGCUUAGUUCGGUCUCCUAGUUCUAGUCUUCAUAGAAGAAACAUUCAAUGUAAAACAAAAACAGUAUAGUUUUGUCCUAUAUGAACACACAUAUACACACGCACACGCGCGCGCACACACACGCACACACACACAUGAACAAUCACAAGCCAAAAAAAAAUCUUUAAACGCAUAUAUGCACUAAUAUUACUCACAAAGAGUUCAAAGAAAUUUGGUUUCUAAUGGGAAAACAAAGAAGAGGCUCUUAGAAUAACAGAAAUUGAUUACCUUGUUAAUACUUUUGUCCAAUUGCUAAUUUUAUAAAAUAAAUUUAUAAACUGAUAAUGAAAAGAUAUUGUAUAUUGUACAUAAUGUUUUUCACAAGAUUGGACUGUUACAUAAUAUGUAGUAUAUGUGCCGAAAUAUUUGAAUAAAAUACUUGAUAUUUUUGUA